AUGAAUGAUGCAUUAUUGAACUCAAUUCGUGCAAAACUUCAAUUUGAGCACAAGGCUGUCUUUUCUUUAGGCCCUGUAAAAGACAAUAGUCUAUCAGUUUUCAAGAAAUUACGUGUUGUUGCUAUUACGGAAUACGGAUAUGAGGUAUAUAGUAAAACAAAUGGCGAGUUAAAGAAGAUUUUUACAUGGUCAUCACUGAAUAGUAUUGCUUUCCAAGGAAAUAUCGCUAGGUUUGUGUUCGACAAAAAGAAAAUCACAUCUGAAUUACCAGAUGGACGUCUUAUUAACGGAAUUAUAGGACAUAUUUUCCGUCAAACAAUCCCAUCCAUCAGAUAUAAGCAAUUUGGAUUAGAUACAUAUGGUUUCCACAAGAUUAAAGGUUCAAAUUACGGAGCUUUUGUUAGAAUGAAACAACUUCUAAUAGAUAAAAGCAUAACUGUUACCCCACAUGUUACAAAAGCGUUUGAGUUUUUCCUUAGAUUUUCUCCACUCAAAUUUAAUUAUUCUGAAUUACCUGAAUACAGACGUCUCUCAGAAGUAUUCUUCGGAAUUCUACCUCUUAUACAAUCCCUUCAACAUUUAACUAUUCCAGUUCUCGAAACAUGCGAAGAAUUAGCAAAUAAUCCAUCAUCAAUUUCUAAAUUACGUUCGCUAGAGUUUUUCGGACGAAAAGAACCACGUCUUAUGGAAUUUUUACAGAACUACAAACCACCAGAGAAAUCAAACCUCUGCGCAAUUAUUUUUUCACACUCAGAAUUUGAUCCAGAAGAUAUCGACAAAAUCCAAAAAUUUAUUGACGUAAACGAAGUGAUAUCGCUAAAUAUACACAAUGCUCUUGAUUACAGUGCAGAGCAAAUGCUUUAUUCCCACAUUUUGACGCCAAAAAUUUGUAAUCGUUUAGAAAUUUUAAACCUUGACAAAACAAGGAAUGUUGACUUACAGAAAGUAAUUGACUUAGCAUCCAAUGUCACUUUGCUAUCUCUUGCUGGCUGUAAUCUCCAAAUUGCGGACGCUUUGGCGCGAAUUUCGAAAUCGAGAUUUCCAAAAUUAAGAUUUUUAAAUUUGUCAGAAAACUCUGCCAGUUUCAGUCCUGAUCCCAAUACAAUUAUCAUUCCGCAGCUGUAUUCACUCAUGCUCAAUGAUAUAGAGUGGAUGGGAACGAGUUUACCUGAUACUUUGAAUGUGAUUUUCAAGCGAGGAUUAGAACCAUUUAAACUUUCGAUUGCCAGAGCAAAAGCGUCUGGAGAAUCAUGGCAAACUGUAUUUAGGAUAUUCGCAACAACUAAUUACAGGUCUCUUACAGCUUUCACAUGGGAUGGCAAUCCAAUACACAAAGCGAUUUUUUCUUUUUUGCAUGGAAAUUCAUUUUUGGAUUAUUUGUCACUUUCUGAUUGUUUUCAUCAUGAAAUUAAAGAUUCUGUCAAUGAUUUAUGUAAUUUCAUUGACUCAACGAUCUCCUUGAAGUUCCUAACAAUUCGUGGAACGGACAGACAUCAUUUAGGAGCAUUAGCAGGACAUUUACUUCGAUGUAUAAGUAGAUCUCCAUCAAUUUUGCACUUGGACAUUUCGAACAACCAAAUUGGAGAUACAGGAAUAUCUGCAUUGAGAACUUUAUUGAAUACUAAUAGAACAAUCAAAGUAUUAGUAAUAGAUGGAAGUAAUCCUGACAACGGACAACAAUUCAUUGAAACUUUGAACUUUGCUUCUCUUCAAUUCCCAAGAUUGUCAUUGUCUUAUCCAAUAAAUGAUGUUAACUAUUUGUUGGAGAACUCAAGGAUUUCGGAAGAACAAUACAACAAUCUUUUGAACAAUUUCAAGAGAAAGCCAACUUUGAAACAAUCAAAAAGAGGUUGUUUGUUCGAAACUCCUGAAAAAUCUCCUUUCAUGGAGCCAUUUUACGUGUUUAGACAUGUUCCACAGGAUCCAUUCCCUAUUGUUUUAUCUGAAGAACAACUCAAAGCUGUUCAGAAUCCUCCUGAACUGCCGCCUCUUCCUCCAAGGCCACAAAUGCAAAGAAGAGCAGAGUCAGUAAAAAGAAUGCCAUUGAACAGACCCUCCCAAAUCAAUACAAGUCAUAGACCACCGAUAUCUCCAAAGUUCCAAAGAAUGGGAAGCUCACAAAGCUUCCAACCACCUCAGAGGCAACCUGCUUCUCCUGUUGCAAGUCCAACAAGUUCUCCGAAACAAAAGAUUGAAGUUCCUUUCUUCUUGAAAGACUUGGAAAACCAAAUUGGUGGUUUAGGAGCCUUCGAUUCCGAAAGCACUGUUUCUGAAACAAUAAUUGAUGAUUAUACAAAUAAAAUAACAGUUUCAUUUGGAAAACCAACUAAAAGCCAACCACAAAAGAGACAAAAACAACCUCAAAUUGAUGAAUAUUCGGAUGAAGAUGAAACUAAAACUCUUGAAGAACAACAAGUUGAAAUCACUUUCAAUAAACCACAAAAGAAAUCUCCUGUUAAACAGAUUGAUGAAUAUUCCGAUGAAGAUGAAACGAAAACCCUUGAAGAACAGCAAGUUGAACUUGUUUUUAAUAAACCACAAAGAAAAUCUCCACCAAAAGCUGAAGAUUAUUCUCCUGAUGAAGAUCUUCCUCCUUCUCCACAAUCGGUCAGAAAACGAUUGCAAAGAAAUCCAAUUACAGAUGCAAAACAAAAAGUAUUUGAUGAUUAUUCAGAAGAGAAAGAAGAACAACCUAAAGUUCAGAUACCUCAGAGAAAACAACCUCAACUUGACCAAUAUUCUGAUGAAGAACCUGUUCAACAAGUUCCACAGAGAAGACAACAAAUUGAUGAGUAUUCUGAUGAAGAGCAAGUUCAACAAAGAAGGCAGCAAACAUCUCAAAGAAGAUCUCCUGUUGAACAGCAAAGACAAAGGAAACAACAACCAGUUGAUGAUGAUUAUGAUGAUGUAAUUCCUAAAGCUAAAAUCAUUCCACAAAGACAACCAAACAGUGCAAGAGGCCCUCAAUCACAAAGAAUCCAAAUUAAACCACAACUUGAUGAAUAUUCCGAUGAAGAUAUUGAACAGCCAAAGCCACAAAUUCAACCAAAACCACAAAGUACGAGACCAAGUUGGCUUGAUUUAGAAGCAUCACAACAGAACUCUCCUCCAAAGGCAAGAAUUGGCUCGAGAUUAAAUCAACAAAGGCCUCAACAACCUCCGCAAACAGCAAGGCCAAGACCAGUCCAGAGAAAACAAAUGAACUUAGAUGAAUACUCUGAUGAAGAAGAGCCACCAAAGCCUCAACCUCAGCCAAUAAUGAAGAGAAGGAGAAGGAAUCCAAGUAAUGUUGACAACUCUAAUAUUCCUGUUGUCCAUAUUGCUCAACAAAGUACCAAAUUACCCGAAGAAAAAGACAAUUUUCCUCCAUCUCCUGUCAAAAGAAGGAGAGUUUCGAGUGUCCAAAAAGCACAAUCUGCAGUUGGAAACAAAGCUGAGAUAAUGCAGAGAAACCAACAAAUCGGAGUUCCUCAAGAACAGCCUCAGCAACAACAACAUCGUCAUAGAGUCCAUAGAAAUACAGCUCAAUCAGCUGUUGGAAACAAAAAUGAACUUUUACAAAGAAACCAACAAGUUGGAGUUCCUCCAGAAGAACAAGUUCCAAGAAGAAGAAAACACAAAUCAACUGUUGGAGAUCCAAAUGAAAUUUUGCAAAGAAAUCAACAAGUAAUUCAAGUUGAACCAGAACAAGUUCCAAGGAGAAGAAAACAUAAAUCAACUGUUGGAGAUCCAAAUGAAAUUUUGCAAAGAAAUCAACAAGUAAUUCAAGUUGAACCAGAACAAGUUCCAAGGAGAAGAAAACAUAAAUCAACUGUUGGUGAUGCAAAUGAAAUUUUGCAAAGAAACCAACAAGUAAUUCGAGUUGAACCAGAACAACAAGUUCUGAGAAAGAGAAAACGAAAAUCAGUUGUUGGAGAUGAAAAAGAAAUUAUAAAGAGAAAUGAUGAAAUAAUGAAAGAAAGCGUUCAGCCAUUUAGGAGAAGAAGGAAAUCAAGUGUUGCUAAUCAGAAUGACAUCGCACAAAGAAACCAAGAAAUGAAUAUUCAACCUGAAAUCAAACAACACAGAAGAAAAGUAAUGGCCCAAUCAGCUGUUGGAGAUAGAAAUGAAAUAGCAAAAAGAAAUGACCAGAUACUUAAUCAGGAAGUACCUCAAGCAGAACCACUAAGAAAGAGGAAGAGAGUUAAAUCUGCUGUUGGUGACAAAGCAGAAAUUCAGCAAAGAAAUAAAAAUGCUGAAAUUUUACCAGAAAAUCCUCCAAAAAGACAAGAAACUCCUCGCAGAAGAAGAGUAGUAAAUCAAAUUGCUCCUGUAGAACAACCUGCUGCACAUAGGCGUCCAAAGGUUGUUAAAGCUUCUGCUUUUAUGGAAGGAAGUGAUUCAUAUGAUUGA